UUCAAGUACUCAAAAAUCAUAAUCAAACUUGUGUGAGAGUUUCAAGUGCUAGCUGGUGCUUUAAUGGACUACUUUCCUUCUCCUAACCUUUGCUCAUCGUCAUCAUUUGCUGGGUCUCCUUCUGUGGCAAACAACCGCAACAACAACAGCAGCAAAGAGAAGAAGAAGGCUGGCAAAAAGACCAAAGGUGCGGUAAAGCUAUCGACUGAUCCACAAAGCGUGGCUGCUAGGGAAAGGAGACAUCGAAUUAGUGACCGUUUCAAGAUCUUGCAGAGCAUGGUUCCUGGUGGAACUAAGAUGGACACCGUCUCCAUGCUUGAUGAAGCUAUACACUACGUAAAGUUCCUCAAAACUCAGAUAUGGCUUCACCAAGCCAUGAUCAACUUCGUGGACGAUGAUCCAUCUUCCUUCUUUGCCGGCUCUUUCCCUGUUCAAGGAGAUUUCUACUCACCAAACAACACCAACCCAAACCCUGCUGCAGCACUGCAACCAUCACAGCUGCUGCCAUUGCCCGAUUCUUGCUUCCAAGAUGACCAAUGGACCAUGCCUUAUGAUGUAUACAUGAAAAAUCAAUAAGCUUCGUCUCUUUAUGUCUCUCGCUGUUGUCGGCAGAUUAAGAUGAAUGGGCUGCUUUAAUAUUGUCUAGGAUAUUUAUCAAUGGAACUGUGUGAAUAUCAUGUAAAUCGAUCUUGUAACAAAUUGUAAUGUAGCUUGGUAUCAAGGAGGAUUAUGGUGUUCAUGAUCUGGUUUCCAUUAAAACUUCUUUCAAUACCCAGUGUUCGGCUGUU